UCGCUUCCCGAUCCUCCGACUGCCUCAAGGCUUGCAGAUCACACACACACACACACAACACACAGAGAGACUACCCGCUGCCAACCAAGCGCCAAGCUCUGCCGCCUGCGUAUGCGGUGUGUGAAGCGGGGGGCGGGCGAGGGAGGCACCCUAAUUCGAAUUCCUUCCACUUCCCAGUCCUUUCCUUGCGCGGGACUUGAGCCAUUGUGCGGCUGGCUGGCAUGACUCACCCGCUGCUCCGCCGCUCAUCUCCCCAUCUCCCGCGCUCCACUGGGGGGCCUGGCGGCAGCUGAGACCUCACCGCCCCAGGGAGCGGGGAGGGCUCGCGGUGGGCUGAAUCCCUCUAGCUGGAAGCCGCUGGGGAGACUCUGAAGCUCGCCGGGCAGAGACGGUCGUCGUCGUUGUUGCGCGGAGAGCCACCGACGCGCCGGGCAGGCUGGUCAGGAACAAGCAGCAGAGGCGCCCCGGGAGCGAGACGGCGGCCACUAGGCGGCGCUGCGAGGACCCUGCUGGUCUACUUCGCUUCGCUUUCCUGCGCGUUUGGUAAAUCCCAGGACUUCGCAGCCGCCUCCACACCACAAACUGCUUGCCUGCUGCCUACCUUCCUGCCUCCUGCUCCUGCUCCCGCUCCGCAUCCAGGAGGACCGUCUUCGCUUCAGAGGACCGCAGAGCUUAAGUUUCGGAGCCGGCUAAUCCGAGCGUGCUGGAGAGGAAGGGCUUGAAGAAAGGAAAGCGGGAGGCGGAGCGGGAAGGGGAGCGCAGGCAGGGAGGUUUCUCUCUCCCGCCCCCCCGCCCCCGCUUCCAAGGCUGCUCAAGCCCGCGGCGGAACCCAGGCGGGCAGCGCGGAGCUGCGCCCCCCGAAGAGAAAGCCGGCACCGCCACGCUGGGGGCGCCUUCAGCCAAGAGUGGCAAGUUGUUCUCACUCAGGUAGGUGGGGCAGGCAAGCACAGCGUCCCGCAGAUUCGGGAAGCGGCGGGCACUGCAGCUGAGCAGAGCAAAGCACGCACACUCUUUCCCCCCAGGGGCCAGUUCUCCCCCCGCUCCACCCCAGGAGAAGACAUUUCAAAAAACAAAAACAAAACAAACAAAAACCAGCCAGCCGCCCGGCUAAUUUGGACUGUGCGUCCCAGCGCCAGCCGAUGCAAAGGGACCACGCUGUGAAGUCGGACCGUGCGCGCCUAUGUGGCCCAGCCGCCAAAGAGGACUACCGAGGCAUUCUUCUCCGGCACCAGCCUAAUGCUCACAGAAGAGAACCCGGAUCGCUGCUGACCGGUGCCACCACAACUGGUGUCCGCACCCAAAGCCAGGUGGUGCCUUACCAGCCCAGUUCCUGGCAUAACUGGAAGGGACCCCGAGCCAGCCACACCUCCACUGAGCCGCUCCUCCUGUACUGCCUGGCGGUUCCAGCCCCACCAUCGGCACACACAGGCGACCACCCCCAGCCAACCCACAGGAAUCCCGUUCCUAGGGCUCCAGCUCCAGCAUCUGCUUCCAGCAAAUAAAUUAGGAGGACUAUCCGGCCAUCUGGGUCCAGCGUUCAACACACAGCAGAGAGAGACCACUGGUCAGACCAGGCGAUGCUGUCCAGUGCCAGAAUUCGCUCACAGUAGGUGGGUUCAACUCCUGUCCUGGGGUGCACAGAAGGGGGAACUAGCCAAUCCUUCCAGUCAUUUGCCAGCCCCUGCCAUGCAAUAUUAGCAAGCCCAUGGUGUGCCCUCAGUGCCAGCUCCCAGCAAAGCCAGGAGAUCACCCAGUCAAGACAGGUGCCUCCAGUUUGCAUGUGAACCCGGUAUAGAACACCCUCCAGGCCAGCCUCUGCUCUCUGGUCUCAGCACAGGGAAGACCCCACUAAGCCGUCCGAGACAGGCUUUUCUGCACCAGGAUGUCUGUGGUCCGAAGGAAAUUUGGGGAUGACUACCAGGCGGUGGUGGGCACAUCAUCCCAUCGGAAGCGGCAGCGCUUCGUGGACAAGAAUGGGCGCUGCAACGUCCAGCACGGGAACCUGGGCAGCGAGAACAGCCGCUACAUCUCAGACCUCUUCACCACCCUGGUGGACCUCAAGUGGCGCUGGAAUCUGCUCAUCUUCUUGUUGACCUACACAGUGGCUUGGCUGUUCAUGGCCUCCAUGUGGUGGGGGAUCGCUUAUCUCCGUGGUGACCUCGAAAUGCACCAUAGCCCAGACCCGGGGCACAGCCCAUGCGUGGCCAAUGUCUACAACUUCCCAUCGGCAUUCCUCUUCUUCAUUGAGACGGAGGCCACCAUCGGCUAUGGGCACCGCUACAUCACUGAGCGCUGCCCGGAGGGAAUUGCGCUUUUCCUUUUCCAGUCUCUGCUGGGCUCGGUGGUGGACGCCUUCCUGAUUGGAUGCAUGUUCAUCAAGAUGUCCCAGCCCAAGAAGCGUGCCGAGACUCUCAUGUUUAGCCAUGCGGCCGUCAUCUCACAGCGGGAUGGGAAACUCUGCCUCAUGUUCCGGGUGGGCAACCUGAGAAACAGCCACAUGGUCUCGGCCCAGAUCCGUUGCAAACUCAUCAAGUCACGACAGACGCCAGAAGGUGAAUUCCUGCCACUAGACCAGUGCGAGCUCGACGUCGGAUUCGGAACUGGGGCCGACCAACUGUUUCUCGUUUCUCCGCUCACCAUCUGCCAUGAAAUCAAUGACAAGAGCCCUUUCUUUGCCCUCUCACAAAGAUCAUUAAGGAGUGAGCAAUUUGAAAUUGUCGUUAUCCUGGAAGGGAUUGUCGAAACAACAGGAAUGACGUGCCAAGCAAGGACCUCCUACACGGAAGAUGAAGUCCUCUGGGGCCACAGGUUCCUUCCAGUGAUGUCACUUGAAGAUGGUUUUUUCCGAGUGGAUUAUUCCCAGUUUCAUGCAACUUUUGAAGUUCCAACUCCCCCGUACAGCGUCAAAGAACAGGAGGAAAACCUAGCUCUUCCAUCGCCUUUAAACACCCCUGUUGGGAGCAACAGAAGUAGAAGAGAAAAAAUAUCCUCACUCGAGUGUCUUGAUAUUUUUGAAGAGAAAAGUGGCCGGCUUCCCAGCAAAUUCCAGAGACUUUGUUCUGGGAAGGAGGAGCUCCAGAGAGGCAUCCUCAGUCUUUGCUCUAGCAACGUUGAGAAAGCAUGCAGCACCGGCGACCUCCUGAAAAUCCAGCAAAUAAGCUCAGUCUGCAGCAUAGAAGACGGGGGCGAAAAGAUGAAGUUGGCGGUCUUCAAAACCAAAUCAGAGUUAUUGGCUCGGUCCACUGGAAACCUCGAACUCCAACAAAAACCUCCAGCCCCACACACCUUGGGAACAAGAUUAGACGAUAAUUUGCCUGCCAAGCUACGGAAAAUGAACUCUGGUCUUUUUUCCUAAAGAGCAGCCACAACCACCGGACAUGGCUUCAUUUUAAACUUCUGAAUAUCUCGGGUUACUACUGUGAAGAUGCUGGGCCACGUUCAUACUACUACUGUUAACCCAGUUUAAACUAGAAUAAAAACCAUAGCUUCACCCACAACAAA